AUCCCUUUGUUAUGCUUUCAAACCAGCAAGUACAAUCAAAAGAUAGCAGGAACUGAGUGCAAUAUUUCAGUGGGAAUGACUUUUACUGAUAAACAAUGAACUAUCUUUCGUAAUAGUAAGAUACUCAGUAGCGGAACAUACUUUAAGUCAUUCCUGAUGAACAUGGAUCAAUAUCUCUGCUUUUUAUUCAUUUCACUGAUCAAGAUUGUUCAUAGUUUGCCCGCUGACAACUGUCCGUCACAUCUGAGUAAAAGCGACCUGUAUACAUACGGGGAUUUUUGUCUGAAGGUGCAUUAUGGGAACUACGACUGGGAUGACGCAAGACACAAGUGUCGUCAAGAGGGCGGAGACUUAGUUCAGAUCCGGGAUUCUGGGAUGCAGCAUUUUCUCCAAAGAGUUUUGUCAGGUCAAAGGUCAGAGGAGGACGGGUUCUGGAUUGGGGCCAGCGAUAGGGACUCAGAAUCACAUUGGAAAUGGGUCUCAGGUGAUCCUAGAAUGAGCUACAGUAAUUGGGAGUCUGGACAGGGACCAUCUCAAAGUGGCUUUUUCCUCGCCAGUGGAACCAUUGAAGACUGCGCUCUUAUGAGAGUAGACAGUGGAUUUAGAUGGCACGAUUAUGACUGUAGCAGUAUAUUCUACCAUUAUUCAUUCAUCUGUCAAUACAGCAAACUGCAUCAUACUACACCAGGAAACCAUCACACCGAUAGAACAACAAGUAAACCGCAAGGGUCUACCACAGUAUUUAUAAACCUAACUUCUCCCGACACCACGCCCUUCAUACCCGACACCACAAUAUACUCCACACCACCGAAGACUGAUGCUCCAAUAGACACAACCCCACCCCCUACAGACGCCCCAGUACCCACAACACCACCUGAAACUGACGCCCCUCUCUCCUACCACGGACAUGUUUACACAAGCCCCGUUUCCUACCACCAUGUUGCCAAAGACCACGCCUCAACCUA